AUGGUCACUACAAAGCCGUCUAAAAAGCAGCGUGGCAAGCUUAAAGUUUCUGUAGCCAAGGCCAAAGCACACGUCAAGUUUGACGACAAUGGAAACCAAGUGUUGCAGAAAAAGCGUAUGCGCGUAGCCAAGACAAAAAAAUUAGAUAAGGUAAAGGAAGGAGGCGGAAAGUCCGACCGAUCUCCUGAGAUGAUUCAGCAGGCUAAGUACUACCUCGAGCAAUGGCAGAAACGUGACGAACCGAAAGCUGCAGAUGAGCUGCCUUGGAAAUUUAAGACAAUCAAACAGCAAUGGAUCCUGCGGUGGAUGUAUGAGGCGGAUGUCGUACCCAAGGCUAUGUUCGCCAUUGUGCUCAAGUAUCUUAAUGGAAUUCAGGGUGCUGCUCGCAAGCGUGUGUUGGAUUCGGCUCAAGACAUUAUCGACACUGGUGCUCCAGGUGAAGAGGGGGAUAAAAUGGCUGGAAAUGAAACAGUGCUAAGUAUCAAGCUGGCUCGGCGACGUUACAAGCGUGCCUUGCAAAUAGCGGAGCUGCUGGCUUAA